UGUUGGGUUUAACUCUUAACGGUGUUGCUGCGCGCACGCAGUUUCAUUGUGGCGCUGACCGGUGGCGUGUACUCAAGUCUGUGGCGCUUCGUGUUGGCUGUUUGUGUAUCGCGUGCUGCAGUGGAUCGCACACGCGCGCUCGACUCAUUGUGGUCCGGUAUUCAAUCGUCUCUGCUGUUAAAGUUCAAGGAGCUGAGCAUGCAAAAAUUUAUUUAAAAUAAAAAAAAAAAAAUUAAAAACAUAACCUAAAACAUGGCGGUGGAUUACGUACUUGAGGACCUUAUGGGCAAACUUGGCGAGUUUGGACGCUAUCAGGCUAUACAAUUCUUUCUGCAAGUGCUCUCUGGCCUAACAGCUGGUCUGCAUUUGCUUUCGUUAGUUACCAUAGCCGCGGUGCCCGAACAUCGUUGCUUCAUCGAGGGCAUCGAUAAUAGCAGUUACUCUUACACACCUUGGAACUCCUCGGACAUACUCGCCGCGAUACCAUUGAAACCCACUGGCGAGUUGGAUAACUGUCAUAUGUACGAUGCGCAAAAUAAUACGGUCGCAUGUACCUCGUAUGUCUAUGAUCGUACAUAUUAUCAGGAUACGCGCGCAAUCGAUUGGAAUUUAGUAUGCGACCGCCGAUGGCUCGGUUCUGUGGCACAAACUGUUUUAAUGUUGGGCGUAUUCACUGGUGCUGUCACUUUGGGUGGUCUGGCCGAUAAAGUUGGACGUAAAACGGUAUUCUGUUGGUCGGCGCUAUUGCAGUUGGUCAUUGGUGUCGCAGUGGCUUUCAUACCAGAGUAUUUUUCUUUUAUGGCAGCGCGUUUCUUCCUGGGCCUUUUCGGCUCGGCGGGCUCAUACAUAUGUGGCUUCGUACUCACCAUGGAACUAGUGGGCGCCAGUAAACGCACAGUUUGCGGCAUUACAUUCCAGACUGUCUUCGCCGGUGGUAUCAUGUUGGUAGCCGGUUGGGGUGCACUCAUCAAGGAUCGUCAGCUGCUGCAAAUAAUUUAUGGCCUACAUGGUCUGCUCUUUAUCGGCCAUUGGUGGUGGUUAGACGAAUCGCCACGUUGGCUAUGGAUGCAGGGACGUGCCGAGGAGGCAGUCGACAUUGUCAUCAGAGGUUUACGCAUUAACGGCUCUGGCAUACCGGUGGAUAAAAAUUACUAUGUACAGAAAGCCAAGCAACAGACAGCAGCGGAGGAGAAGCCCUCCGCCGGCUUGGGUGGCCUUUUCAGCACACCCAAUCUACGUAUGAAGACACUUAAUGUUUGCCUUUGUUGGUUUGCCAACUCGCUCGUCUAUUACGGGCUUUCACUCAGCGCUGGUAAAUUGUAUGGCAAUCCUUUUCUCAUACUCUUCGUUAUGGGUCUCGUAGAGUUCCCCAGCUACUUUACAAUUAUGGUAGUACUGGAUCGUUUGGGCCGCCGUCCCAUUACUAGCACGCUUAUGAUUGCUGGCGGUCUAUGUUGCAUUGUAACGGCAUUUAUUGCCCAAGGUAGCAACACGUCGACGGGUAUCGUUAUGAUGGGUAAACUGUUUAUUGCCGGUUCCUUUGCUGUGAUCUACAAUUACUCGGCCGAACUGUUUCCAACUGUUGUGCGUAACUCGGCGAUGGGUCUGGGUUCGAUGUGUGCGCGUUUCUCCGGUGCGCUCACGCCACUCAUCACGUUGCUCGAUUCAUUUGAUCCGAAAAUUCCUGCCGUUGUCUUCGGUAUUAUUUCACUCAUCUCUGGUUUUUGGGUUAUGUUCCUGCCGGAAACAAUGAACCAACCUAUGCCCGAGUCAUUAGAAGAUGGUGAGAACUUUGGCAAGGGUGACACAUGGUUCACACAAUGUGCGGGUCGUAAAUCCAGAAGAGCUAGUAAUUACCCAGAAGACCCCGAACAGAUGGUGCCACUGAAAACGAUACAGAAAUAGGAAAAAUACUACACAUUCCUCUGAUAUUCGGCGUUUUUGUUAUACAUACCUAUGUAUGUUAUUUCCAUAUCGUAUAUUAUUAUUGUUAUUACUUACUUAAUAAGUAGUAAAUUGUUUUUUAAAUUGUUACCUCGGCUUAGUGUUGAACUUACACCCAUAUCCUCUAAGCGUUACGAAGUUCGAAGCGUAAAUAACGUCGUUGGAGAGUAUAUUUUAUGACGAUGUUUUCUAAGCAGUUAAAUAUAGCACACAUUCCCGUUAGAUACGAACAAAACUGUAAUAUUUCGCAUAUAUUAUACAUUUUGAUAAAACUGUAAAAUAAAACUAAUAUAAACAAA